AUGCGGCCGGGGCCGCUGGGCGCCGCGCUGCUGCUGCUGGGGGGCGCCCUCCUCCUCCCGGGGCGCCCCUCGCUCUCGCACGGGGGCCGGCGCCCCUCCCGGGACAGGCCGGACGCCAAGGGCAGUUGUGGAACAGCUCCGCUGGUGAACGUGCUGACAGGGUCUCGGAUCGUCGGGGGCACGGCCGCCCAGACUGGCGCGUGGCCCUGGAUAGUGAGCCUGCAGAUUCGCUCCGGGAGAAUCAUGGCUCAUAUCUGUGGGGGAAGCUUAGUGAGGAAUAGCUGGGUCCUCACAGCGGCCCACUGCACGAGGGACACUCGAGAUCCUGUAGUGUGGAGAGCUGUGCUUGGAACUAAUAAUAUAGAUGGGAGACGUCCACACACCAAGAUUAUAAAGGUUAAAGCAAUCAUUGUCCAUCCAAACUUCAAUUUGGAAACUUACGUAAAUGACAUUGCGCUUUUUCAUUUAAAAAAAGCAGUGAGGUAUAAUAACUACAUUCAGCCUAUUUGUCUACCUUUUGAUGUUUUCCAAAAGCUGGAUGAAAAGACAGAGUGUUUCAUAGGAGGCUGGGGAAGGACAACAGAAGAAGGUAAUUCUACAAGAAUGUUACAGGAAGCACAAGUGCAUUAUAUUUCUCGAAAAGUUUGUAAUUCUGAUAAGAGUUAUGGGAAUAUAAUUCCUAUAACUUCAUUUUGUGCAGGUGAUGAAGAUGGAAUUUUUGAUACUUGCAGGGGUGAUAGUGGUGGACCAUUAAUGUGCUACAUCCCAGAACAUAAACAAUUUUUUGUUAUGGGAAUUACCAGUUAUGGAUAUGGCUGUGGCCGAAAAAAUUUUCCUGGUGUCUAUUGUUCGCCAUUCUUCUACAAAACAUGGCUGACCCAUCACCUAAACCGGGCAAGGAAUAAAGGCAUAUUCAACAUAAACAGUCUACUUGGACAGGUCCUUGUCGCCUUAGGCUCUGUUGUCUUACUAGCAACUCCAUGA